UCACGAUUGGCGAUCCGACGACGACGUGCGCAAAAACAUUCGAACUGCGACAUACACAACCUAUUGAGCUUCAGAUCGAGAAGCAACACUAAUUUUAGCCUUCUUUCCGACCUUGGCGGUGCGCAACGAUCUUGGGUGCUUCAACAUUAUUAAAACACCCUACCAGCCAUAUGCGCUGAAUAUAUAUCUAUACCCGAAAUUACCCAGUGCUCAAAGUGAGCCUUAUCUCGACAUCAGAGCCGACUCAGCUACGUCUUGCCUGGCGGUUGACCGAGCUUGUAUAACGAUUUUACCCCGCCAUCAAGAGCCCCCGUUCUAUGAGCACCAGGGUCCUCCUGCGAUUCCUCUCCAAGCCCGCAAAGCCUAGAUAACGCAAGCCAAACCCCAAUUCGAACAGCAAGACUUCACUUUAGAAGCUGUUCUGAUAGACCCGAUACUCCAACCCAGUAUCGGACUACAGAACUAGCGGCGCAACCAGCGACCAUUCCAUCCUCAAUACUCUGCCACAUUGCUGAGUGCACCCGCCCUCCUUAACGUCUAUUCAGGAGACGUUUUCACAAAUACCCACUUGCUGCUGGCUCCGCCAGCACUCACCCGACACCCACGGUUCUGUGGGCCUAUACUACUCAAGCGGACACCGCAGGGUUCGUUUGAGCGGUAGAUAGUGCUCCACAGUGCUUGUUCAGCACAUAAUAUCCUAUAACCAGUUCGAUCUUGCUGAGAGCCUGUCGGUUCCAACACACAGCGGCGAUGGUAGAUAUUCCUCGUCCACCCACCAACACAGUCGCAGUAUCGGAAGGUACACCGCAACUGACCAUCAACCAUGAUGCUGUUGUCGAUCUAGACUCUAGCAAUGCAUUUGAAGGCCCAGAAAAGUUGCUUGAAGUCUGGUUUGCUCCUUCGGCGGACACUCUUCCGCCAGGAGCACACAGGGAUGGAUUGAAAGCCGUGUCACCAGAAGUAUGGAAGGAGAUGCUCGAUGUUGUGAACUGCAAGGUUCUCUCAAUCGUCGAAUCCGACCAUGUCGAUGCAUACCUUCUUUCCGAGUCGAGCAUGUUCGUGUUCAGCCACAAGCUCAUCCUGAAGACAUGCGGCACAACAACUCUUCUCUGGGGGCUCCCUCACAUUUUGGAUAUUGCCGCUGCCAAAGCCGGAUUCGCCCACCACCGCGGCAGCAACGUCAAGGGAACAGAGACGGCGGCAACGCCCUACCGCGUGUUCUACAGCCGGAAGAACUUCCUAUUCCCCGAUCGCCAGCGCGGACCCCAUCGCAGCUGGAACGACGAGGUCACGUACCUCGACAAGAUGUUCUGGGGCGGAAGCGCAUACAUGGUCGGCAAGAUGAACGGGGACCACUGGUACCUCUACCUCACGAGCCCAAACACCGACAUCACCCCACCCCGGACUCCCGAAUCUGAAAAGGCCACGGAGACGAAAGUCCUCAGCUUCCCCGGCGAAGAAACCCCUCGCCCCAACAACGCCACCGGCAACGACGACGAGACCCUCGAAGUCCUCAUGACGGACCUCGACGUCGAAAAAGCCAAACAAUUCUACCUCGAAAACGCCAGCGCCCUCGCCGAGAGCAACUUCCACAAGCAGCAAAAACUCGCCAACCAAGAGAGCACCCCCGAUGCCCUCCCAAUCCCCUCGGAACUCACAACCGAAGGCCACGCCCUCGGCACCGUCGUCUCCGAGUCCUGCGGCCUCUCAGCCCUCUACCCUCCCUCCCGCUACCCCGACGCCCGUGUCGACGCUUACCUUUUCACUCCCUGCGGAUUCAGUGCCAACGGUGUCAUUCCUGCGCCUGAUGCGCCAGGCGUGGGGGCGGCGACGCAUUACUUCACUGUGCACGUGACGCCGGAGCCGCAGUGCUCGUAUGCGAGCUUCGAGACGAAUGUGCCUGGGCAGCAGACAGGUGGGGAGACAGCAGAGGUGAUUGAGCAUGUUGUUGGGAUUUUUGCGCCGGGGAGGUUCAGUGUUACGUUGUUUGAGGGGAAGGAGUGUGAAGGGGAUCUGAAGGCGUUGGAUGAGAGGGUUGAGGGUGUUGCUGUGGUGGGGGGUGGGAAUGGGGUUGUGAAUGGAGAGGUGAAGGGGAAGAGGAGGGGGAGAAUGGAUGCGAUUAGAGGGUAUAGACGGGUGGAGAGGAUUGUGCAUGAGUUUGAUGGGUAUGAUCUCGUCUUCCACUACUACGAGAGGGAUGAUUGGAAGGGAGGCGCCCCGGUGGUGGGGGAGGUGAUGUAGGUGGCAUUGGCGGAUGAGAAUAUCUACGUAGCAGAGCUGGACACGUCGUCCUGGCUGGAGAUGGGCGGAUUCAGCAUUUACGCUGAUCCUCAAGAGGCGGUGGGUGAGAUGGCAGCAGCAGCAUUUUUUUUAGUUUUUUAGAAAAAACGGUGGAGGGUGAUGGGGGGGCGUGUUACCACCUCUUGGUUCAUAGCAUUCGUAGCUGGCUUGGAGGUGCAUAAUGUUACACAUGACUGGAUGAUGGCUGCUUAUGUGCUUCGCCACGGCCGGUCGGGGGCGUGGCGACCUGAUUAUGAUGCAGUGGGUGCUGUUGGUGCAGACCGGUGAUGUGAGGCGGAUGGUGUACGAUGAGGGAUUCAAUCAAUGGCAUAGCCAUAGCCAUCGCGCUCAACUCCCUCCAACCUUACCAUCCGUCCGAUCAAGACCCUCCCUUAUCUUUGGGAUACCUCUAUUGAAACCCAUCCUGCCGCCCACAUUGAAACACCGAGCUCCCCCAUCCCCAAUCCGUCGCACGACACCAGGUGAGCGAGUCAGGGAGUACAGCGCUGCAGAGAGACGGAGGAGCCAACGACCACGACAUACGCUGCUGCAGAGAUAUGGCCGAGCCAACAGUCACGACAUCCUCGCUGAAUUUCUUCACAUGUCGUGUUUAAGGACGUGAUUCGGCCGCCGAUGCAUUGGUAAAGGGGGGGCCGCCAGUGUGACGGCCACCCGCGAGGGGCAUGAAGGGUGGAUGUGU